AUGGCCCAGGUCAAACCAGACCCGGACGCCCUCUACAUCAAGUCUGAUCCUGAUUCCAAAGACACAGUCCUUGCCGACAUUGACGACGAGGAUAUCUAUGAAGAUGCAGGAGAUUUGGAUUUCUCAGCUUCUGCGCAGAAUGUGUGGAUGUCACGUCUUCCUCGACAGCUGUGGGAACACUGGUCACAACUGGAUGAUGAUGAAGAGAUUGAGAUAGGAACAAUCAGGAUAGAAGGAGAACCUGGAGAUCUCAAGCGGGUCAGCUUGCGACUCCAUGACCGUCCCGAUAACCGUGAUAUUCCCAAGGACUAUAUCCUACAAAAACAAGUCCCUUUAUCCGCAAACUCCUCGCACACAACAAACAAUACAUACGUUUUCACAGAAAAGGAUAUACCUGGAGCAGAGAACCGGAUGGCUGUGUUCGGAGAGACGCGCUCCGCCUUGUAUGAAGCCAUGAAGCGCGAUGCGCGAAGGAAAGAGCAGGGCAGGAAAUGGGAGCCUUAUGUGCGAAAGACCGUACCGAAACAUACGGCGCUUGUCGGCAGUGUCAGUGAGGAAUUCAACUGCUUGCCGGUUGAGAACGAGGAAUUCCGUCGAAUCUCUGAAUAUAGAGCCCUGGAGGCUCUGAAACCGAAGAAGGAGACGAAGUUCAUUGAGAAAAUCCCUGGCAAGAUUCUCCAGUCACGCCAUGCCCUGCCCACGGAAAAGGGCACCUUUGUGCAAGCAACAAAGCCUCUCAAGGCCAAACCACAAGAAAACAAGUCUACGCGUAUGCCUCAAAACGAGCUGUUGGAUCGCAUUUUCGCAUGCUUCCGCGAAUAUCAGUUCUGGCCAUUUAAGACGCUUAAGAACAGGCUUCAGCAGCCUGAGGCCUAUCUCAAACAGACACUGGAGAUGGUUGCUCACCUGGUCAAGGCUGGAGACUUUGCCAUGACAUGGGAAUUGAAGCCGGAGGCACGACAGGCCAACUAUGCCCAAAUGUCGGAUGCUGAGGUCAAAGCUGAACUGCCACCCGAUGCCGCCAACUUCGACGACGCUUCAGAAGAUGACCAAACACCCUCCGGAAUGGUAACAGAUCAUGACGAUAUGCAGUUUGAAAAUGUGUAG